UAAGGCUUGUUAAUUUGUUCUAGGAUGGAUGACCCAGUAUCAGAAUGGGAAAUCCAAGAAUCAUCAGGAGGGAACAGUGACAACGGAAAACUACGUUGGAUGAUGAGAUUAGGAAAGAAAAUUCUGGUCACUGGAAUUGUUGUAUCGUCUGCACCAUUUGUGCUUCCUCCACUUGCGGCUAUCUCCGCUAUUGGGUUCUUUUGUUCGGUCCCUUAUGGGAUCUUCUUGCUAAGCUAUGCUUGCACUGAGGCUGUCAUGAGUAGGUUACUUCCAAUGCCUUCACCAACUGCUCCAUUAUUGUUGGAAUAUAGAGAGGCAUAUAAUGGUGAGGAAGAAGCUAAUGGGGAUGAGAAGCAAGGAGAACAAAAUGAAGUGAUUAAAGGAGGUUUUAAAAUGGAGAGGGAGGAAAAAGAAUUAAAGGAGGAUACAAUCGAAGAAGUUGAGAUGAGAAUUGAAUUAGUUGACAAGGUAAAGGAGGAACUUGAUGAAGGGAAUAUUUUGCAAGGGGAUGCAUUUUCAAAUGAUGGUGUUGAAAAUGAUGAAAAGAAAUCAAUGGAAGAAAUGGAUCAAAUUUUGGAGGGAAAUAAGCAUGAGGAAGAUGAUGGUGAAAUUUUGGAUGAAGAAGAGGAAAGUCCAUCCCAAAGUUUUGAGGUAGAAGUUAAGGAAAUUACAGAAUCGAAAGUAGAGCAGCCUACUAUAGAGGAAAGUAGGGGUGAACAGCUAGCAGGUGAGGGCCAAGGUUUUGAGGCUAUUGUUGAGGGAGACAAGAAGAACAGUAGCAAUAUUGAGAAGGAACAACCACUGGAAACUGAAAAUGUCGAAGACAAUGGGGAAUUAGUAAGAGAGACAAGUGGUCUAUUGGGAAGAAAUAGAGUUGAGAACAAAUCUGAUUAUGCAAGGGAUGAUAAUGAGAGUGUUCAGAAUGUAGAUGCACAGAGAAAACCAAUAAAGAAGACUGAGUUGAAAGUUGAGGGAACAACAAAAAGGAAGGGGGAACAAUCCACUGCAGAAAGUGUGAAUGAACAUCCAAGAAACGAGAUUCACGAGGGUGAAGAGAAGGAAAGGGGCAAUUUGAAUAAGGAAACAACAGUUGAAGUGAAAAAUGUUGCUACUCAAAUAGUUCAGGCUACUAAUAUUGAGAGUGAUGAAUUGGUAAGAGAGACAAGGGGAUUUUUAGAAAGAGGCAGAGAAAAGGGCAGAAAUCGUGAUGCAGUGGAAGAUAAGCAGGGUGUGAAAAAGGCAAAGGUUGAUGCCGAAGGAGAACUACUAGAAGGGAAUGAGAGAACAAUAGAAAGGAAACAGGAACAACCCCUUAUAGAAGAAAGUAGGGAAGUGAUAAGAGAUGACAACAAUAUGGAUGAAACACCACUGGAAGUAAAAAAUAUACCUGUUCAGUUAGUUCAGGCCAUUAAUGUUGAAGAGAAUGAGAAAUUAGUGAUAGAAGCAAGGUAUUUAUCAGAAAAAAUCAGUGAUGAGAGCAAACCAGAUCAUGAAGUGGAUGAUAAGCAGACAGCAGAAAGAGUCAAUGUAGGUGGAGUUGGAGAGCAAUCAAAAGAGAUAGAGGUGAAAAUUAAGGGAACAACAAAAGUGAAAGUGGAACAAUACCUUGGAGAUGAAAGUAUGAGUGAAGAGCCAAUAGAGGAGGUUUGUAAUAUUGUGGUAGAGUUUGAGGGAGAUGAGAAGAAUGGCAGCAAUAUUGAGGAGGAAACACCAUUUCAAAUAAAAAAUGUAGCUGUACAAUUAUCACAGUCGACUGAUGUUGAAGAGGAUGAAGAAUUAGUAAGCGAGACUAUGGGAUUACUAGAAAAAAUCAGGGAUGAGGGGAAAACUGAUUAUGCAGUGGAUGAUAAGCUGAGUACAGUAAAAGAGCAUGUAGGUGCAGAGAAGGAUGAUAAGAAAAUUGUUGGGGAUAUUGAAGAGGCUGAAAAUAGAUGUAUUCUUGCCCAUGACAGAAUGGGAAAGCCAACUACGGUAUUCAAACCCAAAGAAAAUAAAGAAGAUAACAAGGUGCAAAUGAAGGAAUCUAUGGAAAAUUUGGAUGCUGCCUCAAAGGAGAUGAAGCUGGGUACAGAUAUUGAAGGUUUAUCUGAGAAAAUGGAUGUUGAUAAUAUUCCCUCAAUAGGGCUAGUGAGUGAAACGGUAAAAAAAGGUAGCAGUAUAAUUGAGAUUAUAGUAAAAAGUGCAAAAUUAAUGGAAAGAGGACGAGCAGAAGAUGAUAAUGAAAGCAAUGUAGAACUAAAUUAUCUACUGAAUAGGGAGAAGAAAGAUGUGAUUUUCUCCAAUAAAGAUGAAAGAGAAAUCGGUGAUGAACAAGGGCUUGACCUGUUAAGUACGGUUAGUCAGCAGGGCUCCCCUUCAUAUGUGAACACUUUUGAAGAAAGUCAUCCUUCAUCAAGUUACUCAGAUCACCAAGAGAUUUCUGAUUCUUUAGAGCUUCCUGUUUCUACAAAGGCUCAAGAAUCCGACGACAUUCAUAUAUCUGCAGCAGGUGCCAUUGAUAAAGUUUCCAAUGAGGCAUUAUUUAGUGAGGCGAAGCUACGAGAACAAAUCAAUGCGCUGCGAGCAAUAGUUGGAUAUAAAGCUGCAAAAAAGGAAACGUGCAUAGAGGAAUUGAAAGCUCUCUAUCUUUUCACUGGAAUUGAACCCCCCACUUCCUUCAAGGACACUUCUGAUGUCGUGGAAGUCAAUGCCAAGCUUCGGUUUCUCAUGUUUGUCAUUGGAGUGAAGUAGGAAUCCAGUUCAUCAUGUACUUGCUUUUAGUAGGCUCUAUGGAAUUUGCAUUUUCUUCUAAGAUUUGUGUAGUAAUUACAAACUUCAUCUUGUUAUACUGUUUAGGACUUUAGACUAAAGAGUAGAGAAAGCUUGGAGUGUAGGA